UUCUGCUGGGCUGCUAACUAACUUACUGUCUGGCUGGGACAGAGGGUUUCCACGCUAGCAGGGCGACUAACCACAUUUAACACAUAAGGAAGCGGUUGUAUCUCUCCUGGACUUGGAAAUUAUUGUUACUCGUAUUCGACAUAACUAUUCAUCAAGUUGGAGCUCAGUGGACUUUAUUCUCUCACUGACUCCGAUUCUGUGAACCACUGCAGUAGCAACGGACCAAGCACGCCGCCGCCGCUGUUGUUGUUGUGAGAGAAGAAAACAAGCUCGGCAAGCUCUCAGUAAGCUGUGUGAUCAUUGACAGAGUUCAAUACACACACGCUUCAAUUGAUAACUGGUGGGAUCUUUGUGCAGCGUACCAACGAGCCUCUUCAAGAACCGACCCGCUGGGAAUAUUUUGUCGCUGAAGUCGAGGUAUUACAUGAUACAGUUGUAUUUGAUCUGAGCCACUGUCAGACACUUCACCAAUAGGAACCGUUUGCACAAUUUCCACCUGCUUGUCUGCAGACCCCUCCCAACCCAGACAGUCCUCUUUCCCAGCAUGAAUGAAGUCAGUGUUGUGAGAGAAGGAUGGCUCCAUAAGAGAGGUGAAUACAUUAAAACAUGGAGGCCUCGUUACUUCAUCUUAAAGAGCGACGGCUCCUUCAUUGGCUACAAAGAGAAGCCUGAGGUGUCCAGUGACCACACCCUUCCACCACUCAACAACUUUUCUGUCGCAGAAUGCCAGCUGAUGAAAACAGAGCGCCCAAAGCCCAAUACGUUUGUCAUCCGUUGCCUACAAUGGACCACCGUUAUUGAACGCACCUUCCAUGUAGACAGAAAUGAGGAGAGGGAGGAAUGGAUGCGAUCGAUCCAGGCAGUGGCAAAUAGCCUGAAGAGUCAGCAGCAAGAUGAGGAGCCCAUGGAGAUUAAAUUUGGCUCACCAAGUGACAGCAGUGGCACAGAGGAGAUGGAGAUUGCUAUGUCCAAAUCCCGCACAAAAGUGACCAUGAGUGACUUUGACUAUCUGAAGCUGCUGGGAAAGGGGACAUUUGGUAAAGUGAUCCUGGUGAAGGAGAAGGCCACAGGGAUGUACUACGCCAUGAAAAUCCUCCGCAAGGAAGUCAUCAUUGCUAAAGAUGAAGUGGCACACACAGUUACAGAAAGCAGAGUUCUCCAAAAUACGCGGCAUCCCUUUCUAACGACACUAAAAUAUGCAUUUCAAACGCAUGACCGGCUAUGCUUUGUGAUGGAGUAUGCAAAUGGAGGAGAACUCUUCUUUCACUUAUCGCGGGACAGAGUGUUCACAGAAGACAGAGCUAGAUUCUAUGGUGCAGAAAUAGUGUCAGCACUGGAGUACCUACACUCACGCAAUGUAGUUUACAGAGAUUUAAAGCUGGAGAACCUCAUGUUAGACAAGGACGGCCACAUAAAGAUAACAGACUUUGGGCUGUGUAAAGAGGGGAUCACAGACGGUGCCACUAUGAAAACCUUCUGUGGAACCCCAGAGUACCUGGCACCAGAGGUGCUAGAAGACAAUGACUAUGGACGAGCAGUGGACUGGUGGGGCCUGGGCGUGGUCAUGUAUGAGAUGAUGUGUGGUCGGUUACCCUUCUACAACCAGGACCAUGAGCGUCUCUUUGAGCUUAUCCUCAUGGAGGAGAUCCGCUUCCCCAAGAACCUGGCUCCGGAAGCCAAGGCCCUGCUGGCCGGACUGCUCAAAAAGGAUCCCAAACAAAGGCUCGGUGGAGGUCCAGACGAUGCCAAAGAAGUGAUGAGCCACAAGUUCUUCACAUCAAUCAAUUGGCAGGAUGUUCUUGAAAAAAAGCUUGUUCCACCCUUCAAGCCCCAAGUAACAUCAGAGACAGACACGCGUUACUUUGACGAUGAGUUCACAGCACAAACCAUAACAAUAACUCCCCCUGACAAGUAUGACAGUUUAGAUGUCGAGGAUUCAGAUCAGCGCAGGCACUUCCCUCAGUUCUCCUACUCUGCCAGCAUACGGGAAUGAUCACUCAGACUCUUGAUCAAGCAGGCAGGCUAACACACGAUCACAAUCCCACGUACACACUUGCACUGCUGGGGGACGACACAAACACAAACUGGCACAAGACACAUUUUCAUUAGGUCUUUUAAACGCACGUGUACACACACAGACACAUACUCACACAGACACGUACUCACAGACACACACCCACCCACACACCCUGGCUAUUCAGACAAGACAGGGAUCAUCGAGUAUGAAAUUAACACACACGCCGUGAUUGACUGACCUCAGCAGGUUUAUGUGGAUAGACUGGCAGCUUUUCUCUGUGCGUCCUCUCAGGGUUAGCUUUAGGCUUCCCUGCGGGACCUCUGCUGCACUACACUGGGGUACCACAUCAAAGCCUUGACACUUUGAAAACCAGGUUAUGCCAGCAAGUACCACCUCUUUACCAGCUGUACCCAUUCUACACACACAUACCAACCCAUGCAUAGACUGCAUAUAUGGACUUGAUUGAAUUACAAAAAAAAAAAACUAAUCAAAAUUUGGAAAAUGGAAAAGAUUUGGGAAAAGACCGUUUUUUUAUUUCAUCUAUUGUUACGGUUUUAAAUGUAAAGCCAUAUUUCUGCAUUUUUUUGUGAUUUCUUUUUCUUUUUUAACAAGUGCUCUUUCUGGAACUUGCUGUUACAAAUCAAGUGUGGGAAUGUUCCUACAGUAGGGGGAAAUAGGGAAGAGGGGGAGAGGAAGAGGGUUGCCAUCUCUGUGUUUGCACUGCAUGUGUGUAUAAGCGAAUGGGCGAGUGGAUGUGUGCGUGCAUAUGAGUGCAGGAGGUUGGAUGAACAACCAUUUUAAUUCUCAGCCAUCCAUUUGUGUCUUUUUUCAUGCAUGUUUUGAAACUCUGAACAAUUGCUAGAAUAUCAACAAGAAGACACUACACAACGCACUCAAUGGCCUUUUUUUUUUUUUUAAAGGGAACGAGCAUGUAAUUUAUGCUGGAUGUGAACGGCUUGGCGCUAAAUUGACUCAGUUAGAAAUAGAAACUGGGAUCUUUUGCAUGGCUAACCUUUUGCUUUAAAAGCUGCGUUAAUUUAAGUAAAAGUGAUGCAGCAGUCAUGUUCUCAGAGUCCAUGUCGCUGUUUUCAAACUGACUUACCGAAUUGUAAACUAUACAUCUAGCUUCUGGUUGAAGGUGUAACAGUGAGUUUUAAUUAAGGCCAGUUGCCAUGUGUUUAAGAGAGUAAGAAUAGAAGGAAAUAGGAGAGUAGAGACUAGAUGCUUCAGCACAGUUGUUCCCCAACCUGUCUAGAGAAACCAAUGCAGACGCACACAGCCCUCCACUGUCCUCAAUCCAGUAAUUCUCUCUCCCUCGCUGGAAAGUUAGGCACAAAUCUUUUGUUUGUUUUCUAUUUGUAAUAACUGUAAGUUUUAAAGGAAUUUUUUUAAUGUUCCCCUAUUUAAAAAAAAAAAAAAAAUCGUUCAAUCGUUGUUAUGUCUUCAUGAAAAGGCCAAAUAUUGACUGACUUGGUGGAUGUUCAACACUUCAAAUGAUUCCACAUUGAUGUUUAGAAUCGGGGGCUUUCUUAAACAAUGUGUUGCAGCACUUAAAUCUGCGUAGUUGUAUUACUGCAGGUUUACAAUCCAAAUAAACGCCUCAUGAGCUGGUCGACCAACCUUCAGCCUGUAGACAGGGCAAAUUAAUCAAAACAUCAGCUGUAUUGUUGGAAGAUUUGUUGAAAAUCUGCAUACAAUGAGUCAUGAUGGCAAACAAGAACACACGCAAGUGCUAAUAUUGACGCAAGCAUUUUAUAUUCCAUAUUGCUGGAAGAAAUGUUGGUUGCUCUUUGAGCUUCAGUAAUGAAGCAUAACGAACUUUUUGUUUGUCAUUGUUUUGUUUAUUUUUAUCCUUUUUUGUCCAUCUAUUUCUCAAAUUUUGGAAGACACGUUGUCUUUAAUUAUACAUUAUAUAAAAGUUAUAUAUUAAAAGUUUCUAAACAGCUUUCAUUUUUAUUACGUUCUUCAUUUCACGGGUUUCCAUGGGAGGAAUGCUUAUUUAGCUAAGGUGGUAACUAUUAGUUAUUUGAUUUUAAAUGGGCAAUUCAUUUUUGGUUUGCAUUGUCACAUCCCUUAGGCUGAACUGGUCUAUAGAUUGCAUAAUUGAGCAUAUAAAAGGAAAGCAAUAUUAAGAGAAAUUCACAUCAGUUUGAUAAUUUAUUUUUAAACCAGAGAGAAAAUAAUCCCAAUGCACAACACCAUUUAAAGCUUUAUUAAAACUUAUUUUACAGUAAUGUUUAAAAGUUUAGCUAACUAACUAACCAACCGCAUUCUCUAGGAUAACCCUCAUGUCACAUAUUGUUUUUUUUAUUAAGUUUGUGUGAGUGACAGAGAGUGAUGUUUGAGUAAAAGUGGUGAUGAGGACACAGAAAAGCAGCAGGUUUUUGACUAAUCUUUGGGCACCAGGUGGCCCCAGUUCCUGCAGUUGAUAAUGUGAUCAAAUGGCUUUGAUUUACAGUUCACAACUCCAGCACAUCUCACUGGCUCAGGCACAGCCAUCAUACUCUAGCCUAGUGUCCUGCUUUGGAAACGGCAGGAUUGGAUAUCACAACCACUGCACUGAUGGACUCUACUGUGGACUUGCCUUCAUUGCUAUCAUGGCCAUAUGGGGGUGCUGCUGAACUUUUUUAAUAUUGGUUGUGAAGCCAUACUCUGAACCUCGCUGCUGGCCACGCUUUAAGCAAUGCUUCACAGCUGAACAUGCAAGUUAAUACCCCUGACCUCUUCUGUAGGCAUACACAGGCACAAUAAGUGCCUCCUCACUAUUGUGUAAAUACCAAAAAAGAAAAAGAAAAGCUUGAUGGUGAAUGCAGCAUUCGUAGAGGGGGAGGCCUGCAGCUUCGUAGUAUUUGAUUUGCAGCUUUACUAUGGUUACCUUGCUCUGUAUAUUUGAAUGUGAUUAACAGUCACGAAUGUUACCUAUGCUGGUGUAACAAGAUUUUGUCUGCUUUUUGCUGUUAGUUGAGGCUCAGAGGGCAAUGAAAAAAAAAGCAAUCUUUAAGGGGAGGACAUUGUCCUGGUAGACAGUUUCAGCCCCCCUUUGCAAGACUUUACAAUGUAACGGGUGAUACCUGCUACAAUAUGGUAGCUUAUAACAUUUGCAACUAUAAUGUGCCAGUAAACAUUUUUACUGAA